GUUCGCCAGUUCCGGUCACGUUGCUGGGUGUUUACGCCCGAAGCCUGCCCUGGGCCCCCCACCUCUGCGCCCCGGAGCCCCCCAGAGCCCCGGAGUCCGCGCCCCACAGCCUCGCAGCAGUUGAUGGCGCCGCAGCCGGGCCGCGCUCUGCGGAUCCAUGAGAGCAGCUAGCGCGGGAGAAGAGCUCUUCCCGAGACCUAACGAGGCCCGGGCCCGGCCCGGCGGCUCUCUCGGGUCCGCAGGUGGGGCCCAGGCCUGGGUUGCCAUGGAUACCGUGUCCCUGGAGCAUCAGAUCCAGAGCGUGCAACGCCACAUCAGCUUCCUGAAAAAGGAGCAGAUGGCCCUGCUUCGAGACCUGCACCUGGAGAUCCUGAGGCUGCAGAAACGCUGCUCAGAGCUGACCCACGACCUGGAGAUGAGAGAGGUCCAGUCUCACCAGCAAGAAGAGGUGUCCCGAGAGCUGGAGGACAAGUGCCGCGCGCUAGAGUCGCAGCUGGAGGCACGGGCGGCGGCCAACGCGGAGCUGCGGCGGGAGGUGGCGCAGCGGGAGGCGCUGGUGUCUGCGCUGCGCUGCAGCCUGCGUUCGGAGGAGCGCCGCUUUCUGGAGGAGCUGCGGCGCCGCAGCCAUCGCGCCACGGUGCUGGGCACCGAGCUGCAGAAGCACACCGAGGCGGCCGCCUACCUCUCCUGCCAGCUGCACGCCGCGCGCCAGAGACUGCAGGGCCCCCGCUCCGGCGCCGCGGCCGCGGAGCCCCGGGCCCGCCGGCGUGCACAACGGGCCCGCCGCCCUCCGGAGGCGGCCGCCAAGGGUCCGAGCCGGGACUGGGCGACCUGGGAAGACGCCGAUCCCAUGCCGGACCCCGCGCUCUUUCUCUACCCACGGAGGCCGCCGCGGCCCAGCGCCCGUGGCCCUCGCCCUCAGCUACGCCAAGAGAUGCCGGACCAAGAUGCCCCGUACCCCGUGCCACACCAGGAGCCCCGGUACCAAGGCGACCCGCACCCGGGGCCCAGCGAGAGCCCAGUCGCCACGCCCAGCGCCCCAGGGGAUCCUGAGUAGGCGCUGGGUAAGCGGUGGCAACAGGGAAAGCAGGCCGGGCCAGGCGGGAUCAGGGAUGGGGCGGAGUCCAGUCGGCCGAUCCGCCCCAGCUCCGCCACUCACUAGAGCCGCCCCCGCUUGUGUGUUUCCAGAGAUGAAUUGUCUUCUCGGGAGAGGGAGCUCCUUUGCAGAGGGAACGCCAAAGCAAUGCACCGUUUUUGUGGUGGACUGGCAGUAAUGACCCUAAUCUGUGCUCCUCCCCCCCAUCCCCUGGGGGUUGGGGGAAGUGGAGUCCUGUCUGUCCCUGGAAAGCUGACAAUCCCUUGUAGGGCGGGAGAAGGCUGGGUCUGCCUACUGGAAGGAACACGGUGGCACUUGGCACCGCUAGGCCCUCAAGCUCCCCUUCCCUGCUUUCUCCCCCUCUCACUACCACCCCCCUCCAGCCCUGCCCAGCCUUUUGCUCGGGAGAGGCAAGCUUGGGAGCUGGCUCGCGUACUCGGAAGUAGCUACUCCCCACCCCACUGAAGUCCUUGAAGGUGAGCACGGAACACUUUAGAAUCUAUUUUAGAAGUCACGCCCUCUCAGAGCUGCUGUGUUCCUGGUGGCAGUUGACUUACAGAAAACAGCAAGGCUUAAACCCUUGAAACCAGUCGUGAAAGAGGAUCUGAUUGGUUCUUCCCAGGUUUGUUAUGCAGAGGUGCAGGAGAUUGGAGAUAGGCAAGCUGGGGCUCAGAUUUGGCUUGGCAAGGGCAGAAGGGCCGCUCACCCUUCUGUUCCUGAGGCCACUUUAGAGACUUUCCAGUUCUGUUACAGGUGCUAAUCUUGCCCAGCUUUCCAAACAGCUGGCUGCACCCAGAGGUAGGAAGGAGAGCCUGGCUUCUUGGAAGUGGCAGCUAUUCAUAGAAACUUGAUUUUUCUGGGGAGCAAAGUAAAGACUGGUUAGUCCUUGGGGGUACCCAUCCCUGGAAAGGCCCCUAAGCCUGUAGAACCUGCUGAUGAUGGGGUGCUCCUGUGCUGUUGGGAUUGGUAAACAGAAUGGUGACCCCUUCCCAAUUCCCCUUACUACCAAAGGCAGGAAGCUUCUGUCCAGCUCAUGAUUGGCCCCCAUUCAGAGCCCCAGAACCCCACUCCACCACUCUUGGUUUGACCUGCUUUGAGUCCUAAGUGCCUGUGAGGUCUUUCCUGGGGCUGCUGAGAGAAGUUGCCUCUCUUCACUCAGACACUGGGCCCCUAGCAGGUCCUGGCCCUGGCUAAGGCGCCACAUUGUGUGUGUCACCCAAGGUCUUGAGGUCUCUGUAGUUGACGAACUUCUUCAGUCAUGGCCACAGGGAAGAAAAAGAACUCCUGACUCGUUUCCUCCACUUUGUAAGAGGAAGCAGGAGUUGGGCAGGAAGCCAAAGGCAGUGAGCACAUUCUAACCUGAUCCUGCACACAGACCCCUCCCCUGAAGGGCAGCUGAGGCCACUGAGCAGUAGCUAGGCCUGGGCUGAGCUGUCUAGCUUUGGGGAACUGGAGGGCAGAAGCAGAUCCCCCGGGGUCCCUACGAGGGCUCCAAACUCUACCCCUUCAGCCCAACAGCAGACCUGUCCCACCUGUCACUCCCUGCCCUGUCCACCUGGAACCUGCCUGUGGGAGGGACUCCUCCGGCUCCCUUGGAGGUGCCUGGAGGACGGUGGGAAAGGAAAGCUUCCUUGGAUCACCUGCACAGACCCACAUCUCUUGCAACCAUACUUUUGGGGUGAACAGGGUGACCUUGUUAGGUUGACUUUUCUAGAGAGAGAGCUCUUUUCUCAUCCAUCCACCCACUAAAAGCCAUAGCUGUCCCCAACUAGCUUCCCUUUAAACUAUAGCAAUAGCCCUCUUCCUUUUCUCUUCUGGGUACCCAGGGUGUUCGGCUGUCUCUAUGGAGCCCCAACCCCAGGAUCAGACAGUAAUCUGCCUUGCUUUCCCCAAAUGACCCUGUCAGUACCGCCCAAAUCCUGUUCCUCCGCUGAUAGCAGAGAUAAUGAUAUCUGUUUGUGAGGUGUUUGAAGAGCUUCCAGAUGAAAGGGUCUAAGGGCAUCUGGGUACCAGUGGGGAUCCUGGGGUGGGAGUUGGAUAAUGCAACUCUUCCAUCAGUGAGAGAGUGACAGAAAGGCCUGGGCAGAUACAGGAUUCUGGUGUUAUCAGAAUACCCUUUUCCUCUUGUGGAAAUAAUGAAAGAUUCCCUUCAUUGGUCAACAGGCAAGGACUCCCUCAGGCUCUUGCUCUGGGACAGGCCCUGCCCUGCACUUCCACCUCUUCCCUUCCUAGUCAUUGGCUAUAGGAAUCCACCUACUGGAAGGAAAAGUUCCAGCCACAGCCCAGGAGUGACCCAGUGGCCAAGAAGGGAAAGGGCCGUUUAAUUCCUCUUCUUUGUUGUAUACAUCCCCAUGGAGAGACUGAGAUGGUUCAUGUGGACAUUCAGAGUCCUUAGGGGGGAGUCCCACAGUGCAAGUGUAGACAGACCCAGAAGGAAGAACUGCAGUGGAGUCAGUCCUACAUUCUAGAAGCCAUCCAGGAACGAGUGAGCAAUGCAGCUCAAGGUUCUGCACCCUUCAUCACUAUAUCCUUGCCAAGGCAACCUGUUCUUUGGGAGACCAGUUCUGAGCCAAGAUGGGGAAGCUCGUCCUUACACAAGCAGCAGGAUAGAGUCAUCCUGGAUGGAGGUGGAAGGGAAGGAGGCCAGAGGGUGUGAAGCAUCUUCUCAUUUGGGGGUCAGGGUCUCCUGAGCACCCUUUCACACUGACGUGCCAGCCGUGAAUGGGAGACGUACAGGGCAGUCAGAUCCUGCUCCAGAUUCUCUGUUGGCUGCGCUUUUUAAUCCAAUGCUUUUCAGAGUGUAUUCACUCACCUACAGAAAUAGAGCCCUGUGCUUUAGGGGUGACUGUCAUAUGCCUUAUUCUUAAUAAAAUGUUUGGAAAACAUGUAGUCCAUUCUC